AGAGUCAAAUUAAAGACCGUGGCGGUCUGAAGACAAGUUUUAAGGUUUUCUCAGUUAUAGAGAGAAUAUAUAUCGCUCAGCGACGUCAAGCUGCCUGACUGAAGGGUGUCCGGUUUCCUCAGUCUGAGGGUUUGCGAUGCCCUCUGACUUUAUCUCCCUUUUCAGCGGGGACCUCGACCUGACUUCUCCCAGAUCUUUGUACUCAAAAGAAUCAGUGUAUGACCUUCUUCCCAGAGAGCUGCAGUUGCCUUCCUCCACUCAGCAGAAUCCAAAAGCCAUGAGUCAAAAGAGCGGUGGAGAGGCAGGGCCUCCCCCUUCAGCUUCUCUAGCAUCAGAUGCCAUGUCCUCCUCUAUGACCAUGGAAGGCCCCCGCAGUGCUUUUUCCACCUCUUCCAGCUCCACCAUGCAUUCCAGUACUUCAGCCAGUGACCAGAACCCAGUUCACAGCAACAAUGUUGACCCAGAGGACACCAGGAAUAGCAGAGCGGUACCAGAGGUUGUUGGAGCAGAAAGUGGGAAUGGUAACGGCAGCAGUGGCAGUAACUGCAGGGGCAGCAGUGAGCUAGGUGGAGGAAGAGGUGCGACAUCCCAGGAGGCCCAGCCACAUCACCAAAUGACCCCGUCUAAGCGCCGCACCGUGCUGAACAUCUCUCCACCACCACAAGACUUGUUUGAUGAUAGCCUUAUGUCCUGCCAGGAAGAAGCAUCUCUGGACUCAGAGCAGAGUAACAGCAUCUGGAUGGACGACUCUCUUUCCAACUUUAGUAUCAUGAGCACUGUUUCUUACAAUGACAACACAGAGGUACCACGAAAGUCCCGCAAACGUACCCCUCGCCAGAGGCCUGGCCCCAAGUCUGUGCGUGCAGAGGAAGCCAGCAUGGACGUGUUUGAUGCAGACAGUGCCAAAGGCCCACACUUUGUCCUGUCACAACUAGGCCCUGACAGCAAGACGGGACCAAAAGGAAGCUCUGAUGAUCCUCAGACAGCCAACCAGAAAGGAGGAACUCUUUCAAUGCAAUACCCACAGAAGAGUGAGGGGAAGGAGCUGAAGAUCCUUGUCCAGCCUGAGACUCAGCACCGAGCCCGCUAUCUGACUGAAGGCAGCAGAGGGUCAGUGAAGGACCGCACUCAGCAGGGCUUCCCUACUGUAAAGCUGGAGGGGGUGAACGAGCCAGUGGUUUUGCAGGUAUUUGUGGGAAACGAUACUGGGCGUGUGAAGCCUCAUGGAUUUUACCAAGCCUGCAGGGUGACAGGCCGCAACACCACAGCCUGCAAGGAGGUGGACAUUGAUGGCACAACUGUCAUUGAGGUGUCCAUUGAUCCAAGCACCAACAUGACACUAGCGGUGGACUGUGUUGGGAUCUUGAAGCUCCGUAAUACUGAUGUCGAAGCUCGUAUUGGUGUCGCUGGAUCCAAAAAGAAGAGCACACGCGCUCGGCUGGUGUUUCGGGUCAACAUUCCACGUUCAGAUGGAUCAGUGCUGACACUACAAACUCCCUCAUCUCCAAUCCUGUGCACCCAGCCUGCAGGGGUGCCUGAAAUCCUGAAGAAAUCACUACACAGUAGCUCAGUGAGGGGAGGAGAAGAAGUCUUCAUCAUUGGCAAAAACUUUCUUAAAGACACCAAAGUCAUAUUUCAUGAGAAUGUUUCUGAUGAGAAAUCGUGGAAAGCAGAGGCUGAAAUUGACAUGGAGCUGUUUCACCAGAAUCACUUGAUAGUGAAGGUUCCUCCGUACCAGAAUCAGGCCAUCACCUCUGCAGUGUGUGUGGGAAUCUAUGUGGUGACGAAUGCUGGGAGAUCUCAUGAUGUCCAGCCUUUUACCUACACUCCAGAUCCAGCAAAACAAGAUGUCCCAGUGAAGAAAGAGAUGCCUUCUCCAGUGAAGACUUGUACUUUUGAUGAACAAAUUAAAGUUCUAGAUGGUGCCUUGAUGCCCUCUAUGUUGCCUUUAGUGAAGAGAGAAGAUGUCACUCCGAUGGAGGUGACCAGCAACCUCCAGUCCUCUGGAGUAUUUAAGACUGGUGACCUGUGUCCAGCCCAGCAGAACCCAGACAUGACUGCAGGACAUCUAAAUAAAAACAGACCAUUCUCCAACAACCUGUCUCAGCCUGCAAGUGACCCUGACAAAAGCCAGGCUCCUGUUUUUACCAACACUGAACCCUUAAGCACCAUCCAGAAACAGGACAUUGCUGCCACCAGUUCAUUCUCUGUGCCUGCAGACUCCCUUCUGCAGCAAGGCUCACAGCAGUUCCUCCUGGAGCCCAGAGAAGGCCUCAGGCAGGAGAGGCCAGGCAGUGGCUCUGGAGCUGUUGGGAGGCUGUGUGGUGAACCCGCACCCCAGCAGCAGCAGCUGCCGCUGUUUCCUCCAGAUGAAGUGGCUCAGCUGGAGGAGGCAGUGAGACAGCUAAAAGCCAAGGGGUUCUGUAGUUUACCACUACAGUCUGACAACUCAAUGGCCAAACAGCAGCAGCAACACAUCCAGCACCAACAACAGAUCCAAAAACAGCAAAUUCAGCAGCAACAACAGCAACAGAUGCAGCAACAACAGCUUCAACAGCAACAGCAGCAGCAGCAGCAGCAGCAGCAGCAGCAGCAACAGGUGUUGGAGAAUUUACAGCAGCAGCUUUUCCAGUCACAGAUUCAGAUGCAGUGUGGCAUGUUUCAGGAUGCCUCCCAGGGCAAGAAUGCAGAACAGCAAGGCUCAUCACAAGGAGUGGUGCCAAACCAGGGAUCUCUCUUCCAGCAGGCCCAACAGCAGCAGCAGCAGCAGCAGCAACAACAGCAACAGCAGCAACAAGCAGCUCUCUUUCAGCAGGCAAAUGACCUACUUUCUAUUCAGACCAACUUCCUUCAGCAGACACCCUCUCACCCUUCACCACCCAUGUUCCACAAUCCAAGCUCUUUGGCUGAGACACAAGAUCCACAGGGGGCUCUUUUUCAGAAAGCGUCUCAGGAGCAGGUCCAGGCCGCUCUCUUCCAAAACACCAUGACAGUACUACAGUCUCCAGAGCAACAACCCUCAACCCCUGGACUUUUCCUCCCCCAGACCUCCCUGCCCACUCAGCUUACAACCAGCAGCUCUCAGCAACAGCAGCAGCAACAACAACAACAACAACAACAACAGCAACAACAACAACAACAACAGCAGCAGCAGCAGCAGCAGCAACUGGCCUUCCUCAGUGCUCUGCAACCCCCUGCCCCUGAACCACAAUCUGUAUUUCAGGCUCAGACCCAGCUCUCCCCAAUCCAGCAGAGAAGUCCAAUGGAGCAGCAGCAGCCCUCCCAGCCUCAGCCCCACACACAGCCAACCCAACAGGCUUCCCUGUUUCAAAACAUCUCCCCACAUCCAUCUGCAAACACACUCUCUCCAGGCCAGCAGCAGCAACAGCAGGCUGGCCUGCUGUUUUGCAACAACACCCUUUCCACACCAGACCAGGCCUCCAGCCUUCUGUUCAGCAGCCAGGGCCAGAUGCCUCCUUUGACCAGCAGCAGUCUAGUUCCUCAAGAGCCCCAAAACCCCUCUCUGCUUUUUUCCCAAGCCAGUAUGGUGACAGUAACCCAGCAGGAUCGCUCUGAGCCCAUGGCAUUAGGGAACCCCAACGACCCAAGACAGCAAGUCAUGUUUCAGGGGCAACAGCCUAUGCAGCUGGGCAGCAGCUCAAACAACCGGCAGGAGCAGCCUGUAGGCCUCUUCAUGCCUCAGUCCAAUAUGGCUUCUCUGCAGGGGGGACUAGCUCAAGAGCUCACGCAGUCAGCCAUAUUUGCCUCACAGAACGGUGUGGCAAACCUACAGACGACCACCUCAUCCCCCGUUCAACAGCCAGGAACUCUCUUUCAAACUGCUGUGAGUGGGAGCAUCAGUCAACCCAGCCAGCCUCAACAACCUGGCCUGUUCCUUUUUGGGAUUCAGAAUGGAUGUGGCCAGUUGAUGAACACACCUGGAAACACGCUGUCGGAUCAGAUAAUAGCCAUCAGCCAGUCUGGUCAGAACCAAAGAGAGAGUGGCGCACACAUCCAGUCCCUGCUCAGCCAGUCCCUGUCUCAGUCUGGGACUGUGCAGAACAGCAUGUCUGCCUCGCAGAACAUGGAGAAGAUCGAUGACCUGCUGGUCAGUCUGCAGGAGUCUGGCAGCAACUUAACUCGUUCAUACUAACCUUCAUAAAGGUUCAUGGAUUUGUCUUUUAUUUUUUACUGAUAAUAUUUGGAAUAAUUGUAAAAAGUCAAAGUGUUGUCUAUUGAAAAUUCCAUGCAGGUAAACGUUAAUGAAUUAGCUUGAGAGAAAAUGAGCAUUAUGAGCUUAUAUCUGGUCACCAAAUGUUUUUCUGCUAACACAUCAUUUGAAACUGAGGAAUUAUUAGGAACGAACUAGCUAAACAUUUCUGCUGGCCUUUGCUGAGCCAGUCUCUUCCCAAAAAGACAUAGCAGUAUAGUAAGUGACAUAAAUGUUAAUGUUUAUAAAGACAAACUGGAGAAAUGAAUAUCCAGAUAGUGAACUAGGAAUUGGGUGUGGGGUUUUUUGGCUGAGCGGGUUGACUAAGAAAAACCAAUGUCUCUUACUAACUUAACGACUGACUGACUUCCCAUUGUUUAAACAAACGUGAAAAUUGAGGUGGACUCCAGAUGAGAACAACAAUGAGAAAAAUUGUCAUUACUGUCUGAUGAGAGAGGUGGAAUUCAGCCCUUUUCUUCAGCUUUCCCUCUAGAGGACAGUAACUUGCCAGGCUUGGAAUUCAUUUAACUUGUGAAGUUUUGUUUAUAUCUGUAAGUGGAUUGUCAGUGAUCUGCACAAUCUUCUGUUUUUUUCUAUAGUGUUGUCCAAAGUGUUUAGUGGUUUCCACUAUAUAGUGCUCCCUUCAAUACUUUUUUUGUAAUGUUUUUGUUGUAUGGCGGGUGGAGUAUGCGGUAUGGCAGGAAAGUUUGGACAGACUGGUAUGAAUGAUUAGAUACGUCAAAGAAGUUGAAGGUAACCGCUGUUGACAUGGUUUGAAAUGAUUUUCGCAACAGUGCAGAAAGUGUAGUGAAAGAAGGUCAGAGGGAUAGAGAGAAGGCAGGGAAUUGUAAGUAACAAGUAGAAGACUGCAGGCUACAGAAAUAAAUAGAAACAUUUUACUACACUAAUCUGGUGUGUAGUCGAAAACAGGUGUCUAUCACGUAUGUGGGUGCUUAUUAUUUCAAUGCUGUAGCAGCUAGUUUGCACCUGAUAUGAAUAAAUUCACUCUAGCUGUCUCUGAUGCACAUGGUGCACACAGUGACUUAGGUUUUCGUUAAUGGGAUGAAACUGCACUCAGCAGGUUCAUAAGUAACGUAAUGUAGUAAUUUUUGCUAUCUACGUAAAACCUGGCUAACUUAAGUCUAGACUUGUUUAGGCCUGUUUGGUACAGUAAUACCUAUAAAAGAAUAUUUGUAGUUCAGUGAGCAGCUGUCAGUGUGGCAGUGUAGUGAAGAUGGUCACCUCCAGCUGUGAAACAUAUCUUUCUAUAUUAGAUACUUUGCCAUCUCCACGAUGCAAACAUGUGUUCAGGCUAACAUUUAGUCUGUAUUCAUCAAAACCAAACUGUGUUGGGUUGCUACUUUUUACAACAGAUUCUCAUUUUCAUGCAUUACAAAGAGAUUCAUCUUUUUAAGAAAGUGUGACAGUAGAAAUAUACAAACACAAAUACUGGCUGAGAUUUUCUUUUUUACAUGUAUAUUCAGCACUUUAUGGUGCUGUUCUUUGUGACCACUGAACUCAUCCAGGGUACAGAACAGUCCCGCAAGAGGUGGCUUUUUUAUGACAGCCAUCUCUUCCUCAUUGUUUACAGUGAAGAAUACACAUUUUUAGACAUGCACUUGGAUCAGAAAUGAUUGUCAUUACUGUCCUGUGUUUGCCUGGCAACAUCUUUGUAGUCAAGCAGACUUGCAAAAAUAUCUCAACUAGAAUUUCUUUUAAGCCAGUAUCAGCACAUCUCAUCGCCAGCCAGGUUACAACUACUACUUUUCAUUCCCCAAACCUAAUGCAUUAUUUAUUCCUGAUAACCAGCUUAAAAAUCUGGACAAAUGAGGAAAAAUGUGGAUCAAGACAUUUUUAUUCAAAUAUUGUAAUUUUAGUGGACCUAUAACUCUUAUUUACACAACUACAGUAGCAAGAGUAGAAUGUAAUAUAGUGUAUUAAUAUAAUAUUUGUCAUAAGGGUUAGAUCAUUAUGUGUUUCAGUGUCAUUUUGAUGGCAUCAUUCUGCGUCAGGCACGCAUGAACUGGAAUAGUAUUCUUAAACCAGCUAGAAAAGAGCCUUUCACCAGUUUUAUUAAUGUGAUGGGUUUAGUGAAUGUUGAGGAGAAGCAAUAGUUUGUUGGCUACAACUGCACAAUAUAUAUCUCAUAUGGGUUAAGGUAUUAACAUGCAGGAAUAGAGCCCAUUUACAUGUUUUCUUGUAAAUGCAAACUGUAAACGUCUACAGAUUUAAUUCUCCUCUGCAGUUGGUCAGUGGCCUCAGGACCAAAGUUUGACUCGAAUCUUGCUUUGCAUAAAUCCUGAUGACAGGCCAGUUUUAUGGCUCACAAGCUUUUCUUUUCUUUCUUUUUUUUUUCCUACUUGCAAUUUUACUUUUUUAGAAAAACAUAGACUAUUUUUUUUCCUCCUAAAUAUACAGAUGUCAUUGUUAGGCACAAUGUCCUGCUGUCACACUUUUCUUUCUGUUUGUUUGUUGUGUUGUUUUGGAAAAAAAAACAAACAAAAAAAAAACAUGUCAUGGCUAGUUUUACUGUAAGUGUAUGCAUGAACAAGGGGCUGGUCUCUGAUGAUGACAGAAUUAGCUCAGUUUAAUGCCUUGUCUUGUUUUCUCUGUACAGUUUGUUAGAAAUACAUAAACACAGUUACAUUUUAUACACUUUGAAAUCAGAAACAGCUGUUGUUUUAUGAUGGAGAUUAUGUAAACUUGACUAAUGUGAUUUAUGGAACUACAGUGUGUGUGUCUGAGCAGUCUGAGUGGUAUUUAAAGGGACCCUACUCCUGAAGGAACGUGACUUUGGAGCAAAGAGCUAUCUGUGAUUGGCUUUCUUCAUCUUGUGAAAUAGAAGAACUAAGAUUUCCAGUGUUGAGUAUUUAUGAUUUUAUUUGUUUUUGUUUUUGUUUUUGUUUUACAAAGUUUUUAUUGGUGUAGUUCCUGCGCCUCUUUUUGGAGAAGCAUAUCUAAUUUAUUUGUGUGUUGGUUAUUAUCUAAAUUGUUUCCCGUAAUCAUAGUUGUGUUCAGAUCUUUCAUUUUCUAACUGUACUGAUGACAGCAGGAUGACUCUGAAUAAUAUAUACAUUCCUGUGCACAGUUACUCCUUUGUGACUUAGAUGAAUUAAUAUACACCUUAAUGUACAUAUCAUGUGUUUGUUUAAGGCUUGUAAUUGGACAGCUGGUGCUGUAGUCCUUUAUGACCACAGCAGGGAAAAAUGGCACCAAACUUUUAACUGCUUUUACUGUCAAAAAAAAAA